AACAUACGCGCCCGUGUCAGGGUGUCUACCAAGUUGAUAUUUUCGAAUUCCCUUAGUUUUCCAGGUUUUCCCUGAGUGACACAGAAGUUUAUUUUAUGUGAACACAGGGCUGGGACACCAAAUUGCCCGAUGCUGUCACUCUCAAGCUACACACACGAAAACUGGUAUCGAGCUUGGCCAUGCUGAAUUCUUUCUCGACGGAAAACAGAAAUGUACAGAUGCCUUCCAGAAAAGGGGCCAUACGCUGCACGAUUUCACACCCACAAGGACAUAGCAGCUGCAACGUCCCAGCCAUUUCGCCGUCUCACCCUUCUUCGCGAUCCUGUUCCCGUGCGCCAGGCACCACAACACGGGUAGCGGCGAUGGCUUCCGCUCUACGCCUGCCCGACGGCUGGAAAACCGUCAUUGACGACUCCGCUCCCGUCGCGGCAGUCCCGGUAAAGCCGCUUGUAGUGGUUGACGCAGCCUGCCGUAGAAUAUUUUCAUCAAGGCAUAGGCGGCGACGAGGCAAGGCCUCGAAGUCCCCUCAUGAGACCCGGAGCCCGUUUCAAUAAACUGUGCCGGAUUUAAAAUAAAGUU